AUGGAGGUGAAGCUUUUCGGAGCAUGGUCGAGCCCUUUUGUUCGCAGGGUUGAAUGGGCUCUAAAAAUAAAAGGCAUCAAAUACGAGUACAUAGAAGAAGAUCUCUACAACAAAAGCCCCUCACUUCUCACAUACAGUCCAAUUAACAAGCAAGUUCCUGUUCUCUUGCAUGAUGGCAAGCCGAUCAUCGAGUCGAUGGUCAUCAUCGAAUACAUCGAUGACACAUGGAAACAAAAACCCCUCUUGCCUAUAGACCCUUACCAACGAUCCAUGGCAAGGUUUUGGUCUCAGUAUGUAGAGGAUAAGUUCUACGAGUCGGUGAAGAGAGCCUUCUUCACCGAGGGAGAAGAGCAGAAGGCAGCGGUAGAGUCGGCCGUGGAGGCCUUGAAACCUCUUGAACAGGAGCUUAAAGGAAAGAAGUUCUUUUGUGGGGAAGAAAUUGGAUUUGUGGACUUGGUGGCCGGGUGGAUUGCACAUUGGUUGGAGGUGGUGGAAGAGGUUUUGUGCAUUAAAGUGGUUGAUCCAGAGAACUUUCCUUCCCUCUGUGCAUGGAUGAAGAACUUUGUGGAGGUUCCAGUGAUCAAAGAGAACUUGCCUGCCCGGGAUCAGAUGCCUGGGUUCUACCGUAUGCUUCGGCAAAGUGGCUUAGCCUCAUGCGAUGGCAAGUAA